AUGUCUAGGGAAGAUGAAUCAGAAGCCCAUGGCAAUAGAAUUAGGGAUAUUACUUUCGCGGUUCAAGAUGGAGAAGAUUUGGCAGAGGUUCCAGAUGAGGAGGAAGAGGGGAACAACAUGGCCAUGCAAACUGAGCCAAGCAAACUCACGCAAUCACGGUCAACGCAAACUGAGCAAAGUGAUUACAUGUUUCGAAAGCCUAAACCUUGGAUGCCAGAAAAAUCCACUGUAUUUAAACAGGAAUUUUUUGAGGGAGAUGACGGUAAAGUUUGCUUUUACGCUGGGUUACCCUCGAGGGAAGUUUUAAUGGAAACAUUCUCCUUUGUAUCUCCACAUGUCAACAGACACUCCCUGUCAUUGAGUAAAUUUCAGGAGUUUGUUCUGGUGUUGAUAAAACUUCGGCUGGCCGUCCCACACCAAGAUCUUUAUAUCUUUAUCUUUUUAUCAUUUUGA